AUAUUGCAGCGUCGGUUGUGCUGCUGCUUUCUUUCUCUCUCCCUCUCACUCAUGGCUUCCCAACUCGACCUAUUCACCGCCGCCCACGACUCCCUCAGCCAGCCACCUCCUCCUACCGUGCGAGAAAUUCUCGACGCAUAUCGUGCGAAGGGGGAUGGCGACCGCGACAUGCUGCUUGCCAUGCUCAAGGCAAAGACGGCUGAAGAACACAGCCAGGCAGAACGGGCCGCGCUCCUACGCACCUUGAUAGACGUUCAGCGACACACGUCGUCCUAUCUGCCGUCGCCACACAUCUCCCAUUACCCGACGCCUUCGACGUCGCAUUCCCCCCCUCAGCAGCAUCAUUUGCUUGUUCCCCACCGUCAGUCUCGCCACCAGCGGAGCGAUUCACCGUACGCUUUGCCACCAAUGGCAGACACUCGUGCUCGUAAAAGGCACCGUGGCAAGUCGCAGUCACCGCCAAGACAUCCACCAUCGCCCUAUUCCCCGACAUCCUCUUCGUCAUCUGCGGCAGAUUACUCCCCCCGUGCUAUCCGGCCGUCCAUGGCUAUAGGCGCCCUCCUCUCCAACGGCCGCGUCCCAGAGCUCGAGCGAGAUACUAUCACCCAGCUGAGCGACAUAUCUGACGAAAGAUCCAAGGCCCGAGAUUACCCCAUGACCAUGUCUUGAUAUCCGUUUCAUCCUACAACUUGCCCAACUGUUGCUACUCUUCGCCUUCGCUGAAUCUCGUUAUUUAUUCCCUUACUGUACCCAUACUGUACAUAUUGCUUAUCCCACUACCAAUACUGUUCGCUGCUAGUACUGCGCAAAAAUUUUGCAGAGUAUUCUUGAAAGUACUUCCC